UCUCGACGAAAAUGUAAGGCAAGGCGGCGGUGGCGGAAGUGUGUAGUCAGCGGGGAGUCGUCGCUCUCCAGCUGAUGACGCGGCGUAGCAAAAAUGGGAACAACGCGACAAAAAGCAGGAUUUUAAGCGCAGGGGCUUGCGAUCGAGCGGUGGAAUUACAUUAAUACACCAAAAAUGAGCAAUUUGGAAGAAGCUGAACUACAACUUUCUGAAUUAGAUUUACUUUCUAGUAUGUUUCCUAAUGAAGAUGACUUUAAGGUGACUGAUCAGUUGGCUUUAGCAGAACUGAAAGAGUAUGUUGGAAAAUGUACUUUAGAUGUACCAUCUUCGAAAAUACAAUUCAUCUUAUAUUUAGAUGUAGAAACUCCUGAUGAAAAUAAGGUACCACUUACUUUGUGCUGUGCUUUCCCAUUAAAAUAUCCAACUAUUCUUCCAGAAAUCACCAUAAGAUCUCCAAUGUUAAGCCGAUCACAGCAAGUUCAGAUGAAUGCAGAACUCAUUACUUACUUGAAGAAACAUUGUGCUGGUGAUGUUUGCAUAUUAAAUGCAAGAGAAUGGGUUAAAGACCAUACUGCCAUGUAUAUCAACAAAGGACCCUUACUGUCUACUGUUGAGAAAUCAGAUUUUCAGAAAUCAGAAUGUAUUCUCACUAGACUCUGGAUUUAUAGUCAUCAUAUUUAUAACAAACAGAAAAGAAAAAAUAUAAUUGAUUGGUCUAAGGAACUCUCUCUUUCUGGAUUCAGCAUGCCUGGGAAACCAGGCAUCAUUUGUGUAGAAGGACCACAAAAGAAGUGUGAAGAAUUUUGGGCAAGAAUAAGAAGAUUAACAUGGCAGAGAAUUUUAAUCCGUCACAGAGAAGACAUUUCCAUAGAAGGAACUGAAGUUGAAAUGGAGAAAGAAAAGAAGUUUUUGAUUUUUGAAGAAAAAAUAUUUGAUGCACAUGGUGCUAGGGGGAAUCACAUGGAUUUGGGACAAUUGUAUCAUUUUUUAAUUGACAAAAGUUGUGGUGAAAUAUUUCAACUCUAUUUUGGAGUUGAAGGACAAUAAGUUAAGGUGGGAAAAGCAUUAAGGAUAUAAACUAAGGAUGUAGGUUUUUUUCCUUUUAUUUUAUUGAAAGAACAUAAUUAUAUUAUACUUGAAAAAUAAAUCAAUGGAAUUAAAACUGGAUGGUAGAAAAUGUUAUUUGCUUUGGUAAUUUAAGUAAAGUUUCUGGAUAUAUUACUAAUACCUCAUUGCUGUUUCUACUUCAGAAAUAGCAAAGUUCUGUGCUUAUAUUACUCAGGGCUAGAAAAAGAGGCCAUGUACAGUAUCUGACCUUGGCUAAAAUUAAGACUUUUGCCAACUUUACAUUAAAAAUACUUUAGUACUUUUAUAGUAUUAUGUGGAUAAAUAGUUCAGUUUGCUAUUAAAUUUGUUUGUAUAGCAAGUUGCCUGAACAUAAUGUUCUCUGGAACACUGGCCAGAUGUUUUAGGGCUUAAUUCUGUCUUGAACCAAGAAGUGCAACUCAAUUAUCUUGCAAUUGAUCAAGAUUCUACUGAACAGCAGGUAAUACAUUUGCAAAGAACUCCAUAGUUCACAAGUGUAUCCAUGAAUCUAAACUGAAAAAUUACUUCCAAAUCUACACUAUGCUCAUUGGGAAAAUGAUAUGGAAAAAUAGGAUGGCAGUGGGGAUACUGAAUUUUGAUUGAUUGAAGAUGGAUUUCUAACAUAUUCUGGGCUUUCCUGCAUCAGGAGUCCCUGUGCUCGGUCUUUCAAAACCCUGAUCAUGUCAUAUCUGACUACUGCAAGGCGCUCUACAUGGGGCUACCCCCCUGAAGAGUAAUUAAAAACUACAACUGAUGCAGAGUGCAGCAGCACGGGCAGCUUCUGGGGGCCCUUGGAAUUGCCCAUGCAGUUCGUGAGCUGCACUGGCUCGUAGUUUGCUUUUGGGUGCAAUUUAAGGUGCCUAUAUAUUACCUAUAAAGCCCUGCAUGACAUGGAUCCAGGUUACCUGAAGAAUUGUCUCAUCCCAAUGGGAGAGGCCCAUUCUAUCUGUGCCAUCAAUGCUGUAGAUCCCAUCAUUCAAGGAAUUUCAGCUGGCAGUGUCUAGAAGAGCCUCCUGUGUCAUGGCUCCUGUUCUUUAGAAUAACUUGCCCACUUGGGGUGAGACUUCUCAUGCUCCUGACCUGGGCCUGAAAAACGUGGCUCUGCCAGUUGGGUUGGGAGCUGUCAUGCUGGAGGUGCUCGAUGGACUAAUAACAGAUCUCAUUUCACCCCUUCCACUCUUUGUUCCCUCCCUUCCAUCUGUCUGUCCGUCUAUCCACCUAUCCAUCCAUCCACCCACCCUAAU